AUGGUGCCCGACUGCCUGUCGGCGGAGGGCGAGCGGCGCUGCCGGCAGCUGCUGGCGCGGGCCACGGCUCGGUACCGUGCGCGGCCCGCGGGAGCCGCGGUGCUCGUGGCGCUGUGCUUGGUGCGCGGGGCCCCGGCACUGCUCUACACGCUGCGGUCCAGUCGCCUGGCCGGGAGGCACAAAGGCGACGUCAGUUUCCCAGGCGGCAAGUGUGACCCUGAUGACCAGGAUGUGGUGCACACUGCCCUGCGGGAGACCCUGGAGGAGCUGGGUCUGGCCGUUCCUGAGCACCAUGUGUGGGGGAUCCUGCACCCCGUGUUCGACCAGCAAAAGACCUCCGUGGCACCUGUGCUUGCCAGUGUGGGCCCCCUGGAUCCUCGGAGCCUCAGGCCCAACCUGGAUGAGGUGGAUGAGGUGUUUACACUACCUGUGGCCCACCUGCUGCAGGCACGGAAUCAGGGUUACACCCACUUCUGCCAGCGUGGUCACUACCGCUACACACUGCCUGUCUUCCUGCAUGGGCCACACCGCAUAUGGGGGCUCACAGCUAUCAUCACCGAGUUCACCCUGCAGGUCCUGGCACCAGGCACCUACCAGCCCCACCUGGCCGGCUUUCAAGUGCCCAGAUACUGA